CGAAUGUUAAGACAGACACGUUUAUUAUUGGAGAAAAGUUUCGGGAGAUAUGUUUGCUUUGUCAAUUCCAGAUAGAAAAAUUCCCCAUUUUGUUGUUUGUUUCUCGUCGUCUCGUGAGAGAGAAAGAGAGAAAAUGAUUACAAGAUGAAUUAAGAAUGUGUGUCCCGUGAUUCCAGCCCAUUCGGAAUUCUAACUCUACCCCCUCCAUUUUUGAAAAAAAUAAAAAAAAAUAACUUAAACAUGUGAAGGUCAUACUCUCUUGGAACACACAUCAAAACUUGCACGCGGAUCGAAAGAGAAAAGAACCAGUGUUGCCAUUUUGAGCCGCUACGCGGCGCCACCAUGGACUCGACUCCAAGCUGCUGGAAAAGGAUCGAGAAACCGUGUCAGUAGAUGACGAGCUUCCAUGCCGUCACCAUCUGGUUGGUCUCUGAAAUAAUAAUUUUUCAAACACAUAAUAUUUCAUCUCUUAUUUAGUUGUCGAGCCACAUGACUCUAGUGUAUUUUGGAUAAUUAACUUUUCUCUAUUAUUUUUUUUUGAUUGUGUGUUUUGUGAUUUUGAUUUGAAAAAAUGAGCGCGAUUUGUUGUGCGGUGCCAAGUUUGAAUUUGAUGGCGACCGGCGGUGGAGUGGCUGGAUCUUCCUCGUUGCCCGUCGUUUAUCCUCACCAUCAUUUCAGCCGGCCAUCAGCUCCUCUACAUCACCCGAAUUCAUUUUCGUUUAUGGAACUGAACAACAGCAGUAGCCAUCAGUACCAACAACUUCCUUGUCAUCAGCCAGUGGACCAGUUUACAGCAACGGUAUACGGCAGUAGUCAACAACAACAACAACAUCAUCAGCAGUUUAUAAUGCCUCAACAACAGGCCGUCGCUAGUUGUAGCCAACGUGCUUCUAGACGGAAGAAGUUGGAAGAUGCUUUGACGGAAGCGAUUCCGGCCGCCUCUAGCGGUAAAGUGUCUCAGCGGAUCGCUCAACUUCAGCAGAGUCUCUACGCCUCGUGUCAUCCCGGAAGAAUGAUCCAGCAGCAGCAGCAAUAUCCAUCGGUUUCUUCUUCGUCAUCAUCAAGGCCUUUGUCCCUGGAUCCUUUAAAAGAUUAUUCUCAGCCAUUGACGGUUGACUGCUCCAUCGAAUACGAUUUACCCCGCGUGACUCGGCCUCCGCCCGGCGCCAAGCCUUUGCUUUUGAUUGCACGUCGACCUCCUCCCCCACCGACUCUUCCGGCCGUAGUGAGCCAGUCACCACCAACGAGACAAAGGCAACAACAACAGCAGCAGCAGGAGCAAUGGAAUCCCGCAGUCAGAACAGCUCACCACCACCACCAGGUUUUGCUGCAGCAGCAGCAGCAACAACAAUCGAGUCAACAACAAUUUCAAUUCCGGCCGGAUUGCGGAUACUUUGUGAUGAACAUUGCACCCGUCAGCUCAUCCAGCUCGGAAGACAGCGGCCGUGGAACGGAUUCUGAACAGCAUCCGUCGGCAUCUAGUCCCAUCACCUCUUAUCGUACGGCUGUUCAUCCGGCCAACAACAAUUGGACGUCCAUCGCAGAGCCGCAAUGGUCUCUGAUCCGUCAGCAACAACAGUUGAAAUUCAACCAACAACAUGUGAAACCAACAGCUCUUCCUCAACAUCCUCGUCCAGCAGCAGAAGCUGCCCGUGCCAGAGUUUCAAUGACGACGGAACAGUCGUCGGGAUGUCAUUGUUGCCCGUCUCGAUCGAAUCAGUUUCCAGUCCAGCGAUGGGCUCCUUACACUACUACGCAAACAUCCAUGAUGGCCGCCAGACACGGUUGCCCGGCUCCGUCAUCUGUUGUUUUCCAACAGCAACAGCAGCAAGAGAGUUGGACGCGAUGGAAUGAUUCAUCCGUUUCACUGGAUCAACUUAUCCUCCAACAAACACCCCACUACAACAACAACAACAACCACCCGUCGUCUUCGUCUUCACUGAUGGCCUUUCAUAUUUGAUGAUCUCGAAAGUCUCAUUUUUAUCGUCCCUCUUCUAUAUAAAUAUCAAUUGAAACACAACAAAAAAAUAAUAAUAAUUAAUAAAUAUAGUCACACACAAAAUGGGGGGAAAAAAAGUAACACACACACAGAUUUUUGUCGUCUCUAUUAAAACGGGUUUUCUUGUCUCUCCCCCCCACACAACCAUUUUUGUUGUUUUGGAAGAUCGGGGCUGCUGCUGCUGCUGCUGUUGUUUUUCUCUAUUUCUUUCUAAUUAGGGUUUAUUUUUUUCUUAUUAUUGUUUGAUUCACUUCCUUUUGUGUGUUUGUGUGGAGAAAGGUGCUGUGAUACGUCGUUGGCCUUGUUUAAUCCCCUCCCCCCAUCUUUAUUUCUUUGUCAAUUAUCUUUUCUCUCAAAUUCACCUGUAAAAUAAAAACAACCAUUUCGCCCCCCUCCCCUCCCCCAGAAAAAAGAAGAUUAAGAAGAAGGAAAAGUGGUAAAAAUUUAUAGUUUUGAACGUUUUUUCGCCUCAAAAUGGGAAUUGAUUGUAAUACAAACCUUGAAUGGGAUAAAA